AUGGCUACUCGAUCUGCGUCGGCUUCGUACAAAAAGAAGGAUGGCACUCUUACAGUUGCCAAGGAUCACAAGUCGAUAUCAUGGAUUCCGGCGGCGGGCGGUGCUGGGAGUGCAGUGACGGUGCCCGUGCAGAAUAUGACUAACCUACAACAAACCCCCGCAAGCAACCCCAAAGUCAUGCUCCGAAUUUUCGCGCAACAAAAUGAAACCCAAGAACAAUACGUCUUCACAUUCACGUCUGGCGCAAACGCCCGCCCCGAAGCAGAUGGGAUCAAGGAUAUUCUCAGCGCCGCUAUUGCAGCUGCAAAAGCUGCCUCUGCACCCGCUGCCAUCGGGGCAGGCACACCAAGCGCCGAAGGAGGCGGAGGAGGAUUAUCGGCAGCGAUGGCGAUGGCGAAUGCAAUCUCGUCUUCGGGCACGGGACUCGCGAUCUGGGAUAAUGAUGAUAAAUUAAAGGCGGAUGCCGAGUUGCAGCAGUCUUUACUCAAGUCUGAUGCCAACUUGCAACGAAUGUUCAUGGAGUCGCUUCGCACGAGACCGGAAACGUUGUCGGUUGGCCAGUUUGCGUCGCAGUUUUGGUCGAGUCGCGUCCAUUUACUGCGGGCACACGCAAUAGAAAGAGCGCAGACACGGGGUUCGUAUAAUGUGUUAUCGAGUUUGAAACCGCGUACAGACAACAACGUCACGAAACUCAAUAUUACUAAGGAGCAAAUCCAGUUGAUCUUUAAUCAACACCCCUUGGUCAAGAAGGUCUACGAUGAGAAUGUCCCAAAACUUAGUGAGCAGCAGUUUUGGUCGCGGUUCUUCCAGAGUCGGCUAUUCAAAAAGCUGCGAGGAGAACGUAUAUCUGAUUCUGAUGCUACGGAUGCGAUUUUAGAUAAAUAUCUGAAAAUUGAUGAGCAUGCCGAUCGAGUACGAGAUACGCAGGUACCGCAUUUCAUUGAUCUGGCGGGAAAUGAGGUCAACCACAGUCAACGACAGGGAAACAGGCCUGAUUUCGAUAUGCGGCCUGCCUCAAUUGAUAAAGUCCCUAUCAUUCGGACUUUGAAUGCAUUGAGUGAAAGUAUCAUGGCUAAUGUGGCGCCUGCUGACGGUGAUCCAUCUGCGCCGGUUGGCAUGGAUGAAGAGACGUAUAACCAGCUACUACUACGAGAUCUUAAGGGCGACGAAGAACAAAGCCGCGUUGUUCUGAAUAUUCGCGACCAAAGUCGAUUCUUCGGGCAGGAUAAGGAGAAGGAAGGAAAAGAGGAGAAGGAGGCAUUGUUUGCACAGCGUGAUCCAAAGGAGAUUAUAGUGUCUUUACAGACAGAUUUAAACCAAACUUUACCAGCUGAUGGAUCGUUUCAUCUGGGCAAAAUUGUUGAACCGGACGAAGAUGAAGACGACGAGGAAGACGAGACCAAAGCUAGCAAAGUAGUAGGAUCGAAAAUCAACAUGCAAAAAGCCUCAAGUGAAAUAUUUGCUAUUAUCCGUGAACGACGAGCACAGGCAGACGUGACCUCGGACUCGGGUACAUGGGGUCUGUCGUCUACAUUAUUUGACCGUCUAUCCCUCACACACGCCACUACUACCGAAUUUCUUAACCAGUUCUGGAACGCCUUUCUUUCUGGCAACCCGGAACGCGCCGGCGAACUCGCCUCACUUGUGGAAUCCCUCAACCGUGCUAUGGAGCGCAUCAAAGCCGUCGCAACAGACGCCGAAGCCGAGAAAGAGACAGAGAUCAACAAACUGAAACAGCACGCGAGAGAAGUCUUUGCAGCAACAGGCAAGAAAAUACGUGUCAAUCUAGCUGGCGUCGGCGGUGGAGAGAAAGUGGUUAAUCAGUUACUUGCGCCGACUAUAUCGGCGCUCAAGUUGGCGGUUGAUAAAUAUAAAGAAGCGUUGGCGGAGGCGACGGCUAUAUCUGCUAGAGAAGAUUCUAUGGCAUUAUGA